GAGACACUGGCAUGUGCCCCCUCCCAUCACUGUGUUACAUGGUGACACACCCCCAUGGCGCUGGCACACCCGUGCACUCACCACGGGGACCCUGUGAGACACACGUGCGCUCACUGUUGUGACACAAGGGAGAGACACGGCCAUGACACACACUCCCCAUUAUUACACUGUGAGGCAGUGUCAUUACAUCAGCAGCUGUGAAUGCGCGACAUCCUCAGACAUGCCCCCCGGCGCAGCCUGGCUGGAGCCUUUGCCACUCUGGACAGGAUGGCAGGGGGUGGCCGGUCGCUCCCCCGCGCAGACCCGCCGGCUGGGGAGACACUCGCGCUUAGCAUGAGCCAGAACGUCCAGGUGAUCCCUGCGGUGUCUCCGCUGAGGAAGAAGCGGCUGGACUUCGAGGACCCCCCUGACUCGGAGGCCCCGAAGCCCAAGCGCCCCCGGUUGAGUCCGGUGUCAGGGCUCACGCCAUGCCUGCAGCCCCUCGCCCGGACCCCGUGUGCUGCGGACCAGGACUCCACAGUCCUGCAGAUUGGCCCGUACAUCCUUCUGGAGCCCCAGGACGGGGUCCGCUCCUACAGGGCGGUGCACAGGCCCACGGAGACGGAGUACAGCUGCAAGGUGUAUCCAGCAAGGAGUUACCCAGAGCUGACAGCCCCGUACGGGCGCCUCCCGCCUCACUCUCCUCUUUUCCAAGCUGAAAAGUCCCCAUCAAGUCCUUGCCUAGCUCCCAGAGAUCUGCUCGUGCAGCCAGGAAGGGAUGCGAUUGGGUUCUUCCUGAGCUGCCGGCUACCAGGGCUUGGCUCAGACGCCUCCUCCCAGGGCGCCUCACUCCAGUCCCCAUUUCGGUCACUUACCAAGUUAGUUUCCUGCCUCCUUUUACGGGGCGGUGGCUUUGUCUCGUGGCCAGAGCUGCUGUGUGGGAGCCAAGAGUUUCUGAGCUGCCUCCCUCUCCCGGCUGGGCCGCAGCAGCCCUCGGCAUGCGACUACCUGGCGCUUUCCCUCUCUCUCUGCAGGACCACGCUGGUGCUGGAGAACCUGGAGGACUCCUGGCUCCUGAGCGGCCCCGAUGACUCUCUGUCGGACAAGCACGGCUGCCCGGCCUAUGUGGGCCCAGAGAUCCUGAGCGCCAAGAACUCUUACUCGGGGAAGGCGGCAGCUGUGUGGAGCCUGGGCGUGGUGCUGUACACGAUGCUGGUGGGGCGCUACCCCUUCCUGGACACUGAGCCAGCCACGCUCUUCAGCAAGAUCCGCCGGGGGUUCUUCUCCAUCCCGGAGGGCCUCUCGCCCCAGGCCAGGUGCCUGAUCCGGUGCCUUCUGCGCAAGAACCCGUCCGAGAGGCUGACGGCCCGUGGCGCCGCCUCCGAGGACUCGUGCACAAACGCUUCGGGGGAGCGGGGGCUGGAGCAAGUUGUGCCAGACACCUGGAGCCAGAGGGACGAGGAGGAGGAGGACGACGACCCGCACGGCUAG